CUCGAAUAUCCAUCAAUAAGGUCGUGGACAGACUAUCUCGUGGCCGUGACUGCUCCAUCACCUCAGACUCAACCAUGACUGUGCCCGCUGCUUGCAUCUCAUCGGAUUCACUGUGGCCAUUAAAGUGGAUCAGGAGGCGGCGAGGGGUGGAGGCUCAGAGGACAUGGUGAAGGUGUUGACGUUCCAGGCUGACGGGGAGGCCACCAUACACACCUGGGCGCACCUGGAGGAGCCCUUGCCGCCCCUGCAGGAGCUCUCGAUAUGCUUCUGGUUCAAGGUGUUCUUCUGGCGCACACUGCCCCCUGUUGUGAGUCUGGCUGUGGACCCGAUCAACGACAACGCACUUCUGAUCGGUUUAACCUCGACCUCCCUGGACCUUGUUAUGACGGGCAUGGAGGACGGCGUCUUCGAGACCCGCCUCAGCCCGAUGACGUACCGGCACGUCUGUGUGACGGUGGCGGGGAAGGCGGGGCUGUACCUGGGCGGGAGGCUGAGGCAGGAGUACGAGCCGUGUGAGUGGGCGGCCAACAGGACGGUGGAGGGCGUGCUGGUGCUGGGGCAGGACCAGGACAAGCCGGGAGGAGGCUACGACGAGGACUCCUCCUUUUCGGGCACCAUCAUUGACUUCCACAUCUUUGCCAGAGUCGUGAGCCCCGCGGAAGUUCUAGCCAUGGCUCAGUGUGGCGCGCCGCCCAGUGACGCCCUCGUGACGCAGGGCAGCGGCUGGCUCCUCAACAACGUGUCGGAAUCUGUCAUCAAGAGGCAAGAACUGUGCAGCGAAGGGACUGUGUUCUUGAUGUUCCAGAGGCAUGUGAUGCCGAGGCAGGUCGCGGAGCUGUGCAAUAGACUGCAAGGCUACGCGCCGGCUGCCGACGACGCGGCGGCGGUGGUCAAAAGUUUGAGGAGGUACUUUGAGGACCAGAGUGACUUCAUCAAGGUGUACAUCCCGGUCAAUGCCACACCAGCCAAUACUUCUGAAGAGUCGUUUAUGUCUUUGAGGAUUAUGUGGGACAAUGGCGAAUAUUUUGAUGCCACACUCAUUCCUACAAAAGGGGAAAUUCUACACUAUAACAUGGUGUGCUCCAUUGAGGAGGGAAGCACCCUCAAGCUCCUUGGCCUGACUGAGAAGAUGAAGGACGUGGUUGACAGCGACUACUUCCUCUACUUUGCUGAGGGGAAACACUUCCUGCGGGGCGUCCAGAAGUCCUUCAUCAAGCAGCACAACGACACAAAGUCAUGGUGCCUGAUCCGGAGGCAGGACCCGAGCAGCCCCGUGUUGUGUACCCACACGUCAUCAGACUUUCCACCUGUGGGUCGUUUGUACUGGACUGGCUCAGACAACGCGACCCUCAGACUAACCCUGUCAGGCUGCAGGAAGGGUGAGUUCACGUGCGACUCGGGCCGCUGCGUUAGUCUGAGCGGCCGUUGCGACUCCCGCAACAACUGCGACGACAGGUCAGACGAAGAUAACUGCGAGGUGAUACGUGUGAACACCGAGCAGAGGGUGAGCGUGACCGCCGUGCCCUUCAGCCCCGUAGAGCUGCUGGCCGAGAUGGACCUGUCCCACCUGCCGGAGAUCAACCUUGUCGAUAAUAACUUUGUCGCCUCCCUGUGGAUGCGCCUCUCUUGGACCGACAAAAGACUCGAGUUCUUCAACCUGCCGCUCAACGCAUCCAAGGCUGCGAGGGUGUCCACCAAUAAGAUGUGGAAACCGGAGUUAGUGCUGUACCCCGUGAAGACCGACCCCCAUGCCCGGCUGAUGACCGCUGAGGUGUGGCGGACCUGCGACGGCGAGGCCAGUGUGUACGACGUGUGGGAAGAAAACAAGUUCUCGGGGGACUGUGCGGUGCUGACUCUGGAGAUGCUCUACCAAGAGACGUGGAAUUGCAACUUCCUGCUCUCUAAGUUUCCCUUCGAGGAGGUGACGUGCCACAUGAUCCUGGACCUGCUGGCCGACCAAAAGUGGGACGCGGGUCUUAUCAACGUGACCGUAAGGGACUUCACACACCUGCCCUACUUGGUUAGGGAGGGAGAACACAAGAGCAAUGGCAGCAUCCUGACUCUGGAGCUGGUGUUUACGCGUCAGUUCGGCGGGUUUGUCGUGACCACCUUCAUCCCCAUCAUCUUACUCAUCCUCAUCGCCUUCCUCACCUUCUUCUUCGAGACGGACGACUUCACGAACAGGGUAAUGGUGACGCUGAGUGUGUUCAUCGUGCUCGCCUCGCUCUUCUCGCAGGUCUCGGGUAGUCUCCCCAACACCUCGUAUAUCAAGUGCAUCGACGUCUUCUUCUUGUGCUCCAUGUUCCUCAUCAGUCUGGUCUUCGCUUGCCAUGUCGUUCUUUCCCUCCUUCAACGGCACGCUCAAGAAGUCACGAAGAUUUCUGUCAAAAAGUCAGGUUCGCUUCCUCCUCGUCGAUCCCUCCUCGUAUCGCCUCACCACGCCGUCCAGGAAGGAAAGAAUGACCCAAAGGGUAAAUCGUAUGGGGCAAAACGUUACUUUCGCUGCCCCGCGCCUGUCCCCAGUAACAAGAUAGCACUUCUGGUUUGUUGUUGUGCCCUUCUUGGCUGCCUCCCCGUCCUGGCCCUAAAUUGCUUCUGCUAGUUACAUGAGAGAUGGUGAUGAUGUUGAUGAUGAUGAUGAUGAUGAUGAUGAUGAUGAUGACGAUGAUGAUGAUGAUUGGAAGGAAGAAUAGGAAGAGAAGGACAACAACACUAACAUCAAUAACAAUAACAUUAGUAACAAUCGUUUGAAGAACAGCGCCAGAAAGAGAAAGAAGAAAAUGAAGAUGAUAAAGAAAAAAAAGGAAAGGAGAAAAAGAAGGAGAAGAAAGAUGAGGUACAGAAGAAUAACAGCAACAAUAGCACUAGCAUUAAUAACAAUAGCAUAAAGAACAACACUUAAAGAGGCAAAAGAGGAAUAAGCAUAACGAAAAGAAGAAAGAAGAAGAAGAAGAAGAAGGAAAAAAAGAUGUGAAAAAUGAAGAAAGAGGAGUAUAAGAAAAAGACGGAAGCAAAGAGAAAAAAAAAGAAAAUUGUGAAGUAGAGAAAAAAUAAAUGAAAAGAAGGAGAAAAAUAACAACACGAACCAAAAGCAGAAAAGAAACGAAUGAUGAAAAUUAACACAACGACAAUUAUUGACAACAACAAAAAUAAUAAAAAAAGGAAGAAAAUAACAAAUCGGAUAAAUAUCUUACCUGAAAUUAGUCUCCUUGUUUACCGUAUUCUUUGUUUCUUCGUUAGUGGAUUAAAAGGAGGAGGAGGAGAAGGAAAAGUCUGAUCGAAUUUAAUCCAUUAGAAGAGAAGUUAAUGGGCAAGUCUCUCUCUCUCUCUCUCUCUCUCUCUCUCUCUCUCUCUCUCUCUCUCUCUAAAAGGAAAAUAACUACUGCAAUAUCUGCAUUUUCUUUUUCCUCUUCUUUUCCUUUUUCUUUUUCUUAUUUUCUUUUUGUAUUUUUUAAAGUUUUGUUUCCGGAGUUCAAAGAGUCGACGAGAUAUUAGAAAAGUUUGUUUAUUUUGUUGCUUCGGUUGCUGGCUCUCAUUCAUCACCAUCAUCGUCAUCAUCAUCAUCAUCAUCAUCAUUGUAGCUUAUCAGUGGCGGGCACCGCUAACCCAAAAGUUAGCUUCGCUAACUGGUAAUCCACUAACUAAGAAGUUAGCUUCGUCUACGCUAAACCGAUAAACUGAUAAAGAAAUAAGUGGAAGCUAACGCUAACCGCUAACUUUUUUAUAUAUGGACUUAGCUUCAGUUUAAUACUAUGGCUCUAAAGAUUUAAAAAGGUAUAGCAUGCAUGGUCUCCUUGGGGUGGCACAUGACGCACCGGAAGUGCAAGACAUUGGCGUUCGUCAUAUCUCUUGAUUUAAGGACGAAGAACUUCCCCAGGUGGAGCCACGGGUUCUGGAACUUGUGGGACUCCUAGCCGUCAGCUUGUGUCCGCCUCACCCACAGCUGCUGCCGACUCUUAACAGGGUUAACAUCCUCAGGCGGAACGAAAACGUCCUCACUCGGGUCACUUUCCAUGACGUCGAUAACGAUAAACGAGGCGACAAUAAUGAACGCGACUACACGGUGACAACGUCGCAGCUGAACUGAACAAGGACACAAGGAGCCAAACAAGUAACAACAAGAAAAGUCACCAGUUUAUCCUAAAUCCGUAUAUUUUACACAAGAUUUCCCGCAAAUUUACGCUUUUCUUUUUUUUUACUUUUUUUCCAUAACUGACACGCUUUUAUUUUUAUCGUUUUAAGUUUAUUUCUUGUCAGGUGGAAAAUAUCGAAUUUUUGUUAAUAAAUCCCGAGUUCAAAGAGUUGGCAAUAGAAGAUGCAUUACCCUAGAAUACCAAAAAAAAAAUCCCUAAUAAUUGUCCAAUUAGCCUACUUCAAUACGCAAUUUACCCAAAAGUGGAAGUCCUGGAAUUAUGGCGCCAUGUGGCUCAUUGGUGCUGUGUCUGCCCACAACGGACUAUAACAAACCUGUAUGAAUUUUUUAGGGGACUUAAAGUUAGCGGAGGAGGAACUACAUUUAGCGAUAGCUGAUUGGUCCGCUAACUGUUUCCAAAGUUUGCGAAAACGUUAAUCAGCUAACGAAAAAGUUAGUUUCGCUAAUUAGCGAUUAGCGGAUUAGCGAAACCGUGCCCACCACUGCUUAUCAUCGUCAUCAUCAUAUUCUCCUUACUCUGCUACUAUUACUACUUCUGUAGUGCCCGGAAACAAGUACUGUAUUACUCCUCCCUUCCCCCCUCCCCCCUCCCCCCCUUCCCUUCAAACAAUCGUCUAUACAUGUGUCCGUAACGCCGUCUCAGUUGGCUGCGUCUUUAGUAAAGUAAAUUACUUCUUAUAUACUAAAUUUUGCUCACCAGAAUAAUUAUCUAGUGAUGUGAGACCCUUCCCCCUCUUCCAGGUCUUAUUACCUACUUAAUUGUUCUAAAGAAGUUAAGAUUCAACACUUCUUAUCCCACUAAUUCACGCAUUCUAACACGUUCAGUUCAACUGUUUUAUCGCCGUUUCCUUCCCGCUCAGCUGGCUGGCGGCUGCCCGGUCCCCGAAGCUGCGACAAAUUUUGCUGGGCUCUUGUAUGGCAAGUACGUACACAAUUUGUUGUCCUUCCUUACCCUCAAAACAACGUUAAUUCUUGUCCCCCUCUUCUUGUUAAUAUUCUAAUGUAUAUCCACUUACAUCCAUUGUAUUAUUAAUUAAUUUGAGUUGCUGGGCCCUUGGAAGGUCCGUUUGUGGCUGUUUCCUGGAGUAAGGCCGUCUCGUCCUACACACACACACACACACACACACACACACACACACACACAUUCUCCGAGCUAAUCUUCAGUAUGUAAUUGUUUUUCUCAUCAACUUGUGAGCGGACCCUAAGCCCUCUUAGGUUAUUGAGUGUAAGUUUGUAAGUUCAAUACAAUAAAUUUCAUUGUAAUUAUAUUGUCUUUUUUUAAUUACCAUUUAGUAAUUUUAAAGUUACGGUGGAUUGCCCGGACAGCACAAAGGGAAAACAGCCUCACGUCCUCCUUCUUUAUAAUUAUGAUUCCGCGCUACCCCUUGAAUUUUCUCUAGUAUCUCACCCGACGUGACUUGAGUGUACUUAACUCAAAAAGUUUAUAUUCUUCCUUUCUCCCCAUCGAGCUGUUGAUCGAUCAACAGAUCUUUGGGGUGGUGGCACAUACCAAGUACCUCAGUCACACGGAAGUUUGCCAUAUUCAACUUAAUUUCAGUUUGUCAUUGCAUUUGACUUAAAUAUCGUCAUAAAAUGAGUAUGAAACCCCGUACGCCCCCCCCCCCCUCCCUCGGUAG